AUGGUGGUUGCACAAUGGUCAGGAGAGAUUGAGGCCAUCGUGGGAUUUAUCAAGGCCCUUUUCUUUCGCGGCCUCAUGUUGGCUGCCUUCAUCUCUCCUACUACGUUUUUGGGAUCAUCGUCGUUGGUGCUCGGGCUCCUCAAACUCUCGAUCUCGGGCGUCCUGCUGGCGCUCAUCAAUUUUAUGUCUGGGCUGUCCUGCGGGAAUGUGUUCCUCCACCCGUCCAGCCGCACGCUGUAUAAUCUUGCUCAGAAUGUGUACAAUGUGAGCGAGGUCUGGAUUGCCGCGGCAGCAACGUGA